AUGGUUCCUCGCUUUUCAGAACCACCUAUUGUCAUGUCUCCACCCGUCGAGGAGGUCAUUGAAGAGGUCGAAGACCUCACGAAACCUUUGCCUGCUCUGCCUACCACCGAAUUUUCUCGACCCUACACUCCUCGACGAGCCACAGCCCCAGACACACCUACAGCCCCAUCUCCCUUCUCAAAUCUCUCCGUAUCGUCCCUACCGCUACGGCCGCGCACUCGUUCACCCUUCGCACGAGGCCAUCUAAGGUCCAAGUCUUCCGGAAGCGGCUCUCUCAGUGCCCCACAAAUGACCCGGGCACAUUCAUCCCCAGUCCCCAACACCACAGGUCGUCCUAUAAUACCUCGCCCAUCCAGCCCUCUCGGACCUCCUCUUCGACACCGCAGCCCCAUGAGGAGGCAGUCAGACGAAUCAUUUUCCAGCUUCAGCAACCAACUAGACAUAGACCUGACCAUCUCCGAGAAUUCAGAAUUAGACCUGACGCCCCGAGCAACAGUGGAUCUCGACUCCGUGCCUGCUUCCCCCUCACCAUCACACAAUAAUUACCAGACUUUCCCUCGCAGCCGCCGACGGCCUGCGUCACCGCUUCACCAGAUUUCGCUGUCCGCUUUCUCUUCAAACACUUCGAAGCAUUCACUUCGCGCAUCCACUUCCACUCCUUCGUUGGCGGCUAGCCAAUACAAUGAAGCAUACCCGUCCAAUUACUCUUUCUCCUCCGGCUCGGUCCCGUCAACGCCCACAUCAUUGCGCUCUCGCUCUCCGAGCAUAUCAUCACUUGAGACCAUCCCCGACUCGCCUGAUGCGGAGCGGGAAGCUGAGAAUAUUGCUAGGCUGAAAGCUGCUGCUGACCAAGAAGAUCAGAGUGAAGAAAGUAUUGGGAGACGGGCUGGCUCUGAUGUCGGAGUGAGAGGGACAGGCAGAGGGGACAAGAGGAAGAGAUGGAGUGUUUGCGGGGCGGAGAGGAGGGGUGAUUUAGAUUUGGAGACGAUUUGGGAGGACUAA